AUGGAGGCCAGGAAUUCUAGCAACUUCCACCAACAGAGUCAAGAUGUCUCCAGCAACGAGAAUGUUCAGACUAGAAUAAAGCCAAAGUUGUCAGACUUAGUGACAGCGACAAGGCCUUGGUCCUUCACUGCCUCCCUCAUCCCAGUAGCCCUGGGAGUUGCCUUAGCAUACAAACUGGAACAUGUCUUCAGUCUCAGCAUUUUCCUAGCCACCGUGGUAAUAGUUGUGUCUGUGCAUGCUGCCGGCAACCUCAUUAACACAUAUGUUGAUUUCAACAACAGCGUUGAUAACAAAGACAGCGAUGACCUUACCCUUGUAAACAGGAUUCUCCUGCCAGAAAAUGUGAUGGAUUUGGCCCUUGUAUUUUAUGUAACUGCCACUGUUGGGUUUAUUGUGUUGCUCUUUCUUAGCUCAGCCGAAAUAGAGCAUUUAGUGUGUCUGUUUUUGUGUGGGAUUGUCAGUAGCUAUGUUUAUACUGGGGGGCUAGGAAUUAAAUACAUGGCUUUGGGAGAUAUUCUUAUUUUUCUCACUUUUGGUCCACUAACUGUUUUGUUUGCUUACCUGAGCCAGACAGGGCACCUGUCCUUUGUUCCUUUGAUCUGUGCCAUCCCUCAGGCUCUGAAUAUUGAGGCUAUACUUCAUAGUAACAAUGCUAGAGAUGUAGACUCUGAUCAGCAAGCCAGAAUUAUAACCCUGGCUAUUCUUCUUGGCCCCUCUCUCUCAUACUGGCUGUUCUUCUUUCUCUUGUUUAGCCCUUACUUCAUUUACAUCACUGUUGGUGUCUUUUACUCUAAAUGGUUGUUACUCCCACUCUUUUCAGCCAUGAUUGUGUUUUCAUUAGAGAAGGAUUUUCGACAUGGAAAUUUAAAGCUAAUGCCACAGAAAGUGGCUCAGUUGAACUUAAUUAUGGGAAUAUUGUAUGUGGCUGCUGUUUUGAUUGCAUAG